UGGGAGUUGACGUCCGGCCGGGCGCGCCGCCCUUCAGUGCAUGCCGUCUCGCGGCCGCCCCUUGUGGUCAAGCGCAGAAAGUUGCUGUCAAUGCUGAUUCCUGCGCUGGCUUUUUCUAGGAUAGCUGCCUGCUAAUACAAGAGAAGGCGUGCUGAUGGUUAACAUCAAGCUUGCUUGCUCAAGCUAUCCUGAAAACCCAAGGCAACGAGGAGCAGGGCAUAUGCAAGGAGCCUUGCAGCAGCAGACCCUUAGGCAUGAGAAGGUGGUAUUUCUCAGAAAGUAUCUUCAAGUUCUAGAUGUUUGAUUAGUGGCAAAGCUAGCUGAUUGAGAAUUGCCAUGAAAGGACAAAAUCUUGCAACAUUCAAAUUGACAUAGAGUUGACAAAGAGGAAACAUGGGGAGGGCUUUCAAGUUUGUGGUACUAGGAGGUGGCAAUGCAGCAGGAUAUGCUGCUCAUGAGUUUAUUAAGCGAGGGAUUGGGCCGGGAGAGCUGUGCAUCAUCUCUGAAGAACCGGUGGCACCAUAUGAGCGCCCCGCCCUCAGCAAAGGCUAUCUGCUUCCCGAAGGCGCUGUCCGUCUUCCAGCCUUCCACACCUGCGUCGCAAUAGGUCAUGAGCGCCAAGUCCGGGCCUGGUACCAAGACCAUGGGAUUGAGCUGCUCUUGAACACGCGGGUGACCAGUGCGGACGUUAAGAAGCGCGCCUUGACGACACAGUCUGGGGAGACGAUAACGUACAAGACAAUGAUCGUCGCAACUGGUGCAAGGGUCUUGCGCUUGGAAGAGUUUGGCGUGACCGGCGCCGAUGCGUCGAACAUCUGUUACCUGCGAGACAUCCGCGAUGCCGCCUUCCUAGUGGAUGCCAUGCGCCCGGGUCAGGGCAUGAAGGCUGUCGUCAUCGGCGGGGGCUACAUUGGCAUGGAGUGCACGGCUGCGCUGGUGGCUAAUAAGCUGGACGUCACCAUGGUGUACCCAGAGCCGCACUGCAUGGCCCGACUCUUCACUCCCGAGAUUGCUCAGUUCUAUGAGGACCGGUACCGGAAGAAGGGGGUCAAGUUUGUAAAAGGAACGGUCAUGGCCGCCUUUGAGAAGAGUUCGUCGGGAAAGGUAGCCGCGGUGAUCCUAAAAGACGGGACGCGCCUCCCGGCGGACCUGGUGGUGGUCGGGGUGGGCAUCCGGGCCAACACGGCGCUCUUCGAGGGCCAGCUGGCGAUCGAAAAAGGCGGCAUUAAGGUGGACUCCAAGUUCCGGACGAGCGUCAGCACCGUGUAUGCCGUCGGGGACGUGGCGGCCUUUCCCGUGAAGCUUUAUGGGGACAUCCGCAGGCUGGAGCACGUGGACCACGCGCGCAAGUCUGCCCGCCACGCCGUGUCCGCCAUCCUCUCGGGCGACACCACCAAGGACUACGACUACCUGCCCUUCUUCUACUCCCGGGUCUUCAACCUCUCCUGGCAGUUUUACGGGGACAACGUCGGGAAGUGCGUCCUUUUCGGGGACCAGUCAAGAGGGAAGUUCGGCGCGUACUGGAUCGACGAACGGAACGCCGUGGUCGGCACGUUUUUGGAAGGGGGCAGCAGUGAAGAUUACACGGCGAUGGCGCGGGUCGCGCGGGUCCGCCCGGAGGCUCCCCCCGACCUGGCUGAUCUCGGGUUGAGUUUCGCGACCAAGCUGCCGGCAGGGGAGCUCUCGCAGAGUUCGGCGGCCGGGAAGGUGCUGAGCAUCAUCGAAGACCCGUACACGUGGCAGAUUGGGACGUCACUGGCGCUGGUUGUUGGGGUCGCAGCAGUAGCGUACUGGCACCAUCGGCGAAGGAAGAAGCUAUUGUGAUGGCGUGGCUAAGAUGCGCAAGAACGCACUAUUGUACAUAAUAUUGCUAACAACCUUAUAGCAGAGGCAGUAGCCGGUACCAUAGAGUUCUUGGAGGCUACUGAUUAUGCUAAACUUCGGCCGGCGCUGGAUUAAGGGGAGGGAGUCGGUGAAGCUUGUACUUGAUUCGAUUAAAGGACGUACGAGGAUCAAAAUCAAAGUUAAAAUCACAGAGCUCUGCCAAUGUCGACUAUAUCUGUAUAUGGUUAUAAGGUUCUGGAUAGCGAGGUACGGGUCACUUAGAUACUAGUCACGAACUCACUUAGAUACUAGUCACGAACUCGUACAACACUGAAUGCACGAGAGAGACACGGAGUAUUUGUAUCGUACUCGAUCUGAGACCAAACACGCAGGGACGCCCGAUCCUGCUGGCCCGUUGACAUACUCCGACGCAGUCACUUCUCUGUAGCAGCCUUCUUUGUACGAUUGAUGCCGUUGCAACGAUCGGGCGAAUCGGGGC